AUGCCUUCCCAAUUCACCAAGUCCAUGGCACAAGCAGCCAUGAUCCUCGGCGUUGCGCUGCCAAUGGCACACGGCAACGACUUCUACGCCGUCACUGCCGACGAAGUUAUUGUCGCACCAGUGGGCGAUUUCCCUCCUCCUGCACAACACAUCCACUGGGGCGGCAUUUGGGCAGCAGACGCCUUUCCUGACGACACAACGGAGUGCACUGCAGGCGACCCAGCCCUCCUCGACAAUCUCGUAUCGCCUCCUCUACCGUUGUGCAACGCCGACGAGGAGUCCUUCGAGCUCGGUGUCACUGACGAUUGGGCCAAUAAGUGUGGCCUGGUCACCGGGGACACCAUCCACUUCCAUAAAGAUGUCUCGGGACAGUGGUGGGAUGCGACGGUUAAUGACGAAGUCACUAUCGUCUCGAAAUGUGUUGCGCCUGACGGAUGCGAGCCUGGCGGUGCUGGUGCUACCUUUGACGGCAUCGACUGUCUUUACGGCCCGGACAACAACUACAUCAUUUCCGCUGCUUACCUCUGCACUGACAUCGAGGCGGUGACCAGUGGGGACUUUGUGGGGAUCCAGUGCUAA